AAGCUCCUUCUGAGAGCCAUCUAUCUUUCUUUCAUCUACUUCCUCCCCUUUGUCACGAGCCCCCUCGCCCUCCUCGUCCCCAGCUUUCGCGACCAUGUCUGGUACAAGUUCCUGACCAUGUCGCUGGGGCACUCGGGAGCGGCGUUCAUCAAGUGGGGCCAGUGGGCGUCUGUGAGGCCGGACAUCUUCCCCCUCAAACUCUGCGACGUUCUCUCGCACCUUCACAGCAACGCUCCCAAGCACAGCUGGAAGCACACCAAGCAGGAGGUUGAGAGAGCCCUUGGCUGCUCGAUCGAGAGAUACUUCGAGCGCUUCGACCGCGAGGCCUUCGCGUCCGGCAGCAUCGCUCAAGUUCACUUUGCCACCCAUAACGGGCAGAAGCUGGCGGUGAAGGUUCGGCACCCCAACGUGAAGGAGCAGAUCGCCUCGGACUUCCGUAUCAUGCGCGCGUUCGGCUCGUUCGUCGACAGCAUCCCCGGGCUGCACUGGCUGAACCUCGAGGCUUCGAUGGAGCAGUUCUCUCACACCAUCGCCUCUCAGACGCGGCUGGACGUUGAGGCCAACCACCUCGACAUCUUCAACGACAACUUCCGGGCCCAGAGGCAAAUAUGCGGCUUCCCCAAGGCUGUCUUCUGCAGCGAGAGCGUGUUGGUAGAGACGUUCGAGGAAGGGUCACUUGCUACACACAUGGUGCUGCCCAUCAACCGCGCCAAGGCGAGGAAGAGCAGGUCAUGGUGGCCUCUUGGUUCGCUAUCGAGCCUCCUCCAUUCUUGCCUGCGCUGCUUUCACGUCGAGGAGGAGAUGGAGGAAACGCUAUCGUCGACAGGGCACUUCAUCGUAGCCAAGGGAGAAGACAUGUACCUGCAGAUGCUUCUCAAGGACAACUUGAUGCAUGCAGAUCUGCAUCCGGGCAAUAUACUCCUGCAGCACAACAACUCGCUGCACCACAACCCGAAGAUCAUUCUCCUCGAUGCUGGGAUGGUUGCCCAGCUCAAGGCUGACGAGCAAGACAACUUCAUCGGACUGCUCAAGGCGAUUGGCAAGGGCGACGGGUCCAUGGCCGCAGACUUCAUCCUCCGCUUCUCGUGCAACCAGACGUGCACCUCUCCCGAGCUUGUCGAGCUCUUCCGCCAGGACAUGGUGAGGCUCUUCGCCGAGCACUGCCGCGGGUACGGCCAUGGCGUACACAUCGGCAAUGUCCUCCGCCUCAUCCUGCAGACCCUCAGGGUCCACAAAGUCCGUGUGGACGUCAACUACGUGACACUCGUCCUCAAUAUCCUCUGCCUCGAGGGGCUCGCGAGCGCGUUCCAGCCUGACUAUAACCUGUUGGACGGAGCUCGGCCGCUGCUGGAC